GACUUCGGCUGCCAGGAUUCCUCGUCCGGUAUGGCAGGCUGGGCAGCCCUGGGAGUCUAAGUUCACACACCUUAAGAUGGCCAAGGUUGAGAAACGCUGGUCUUGAUCGACAGUUGGAGGCUGAGUGCAGGUCUUGUUGUGCACCAGCAGUAGCUGAGGGGUGGCCCGGCUGGGUUGAGCCGCCGGUUCGGUCUAAGUGGCCUGCCCAACAGGCUUGGCCAAAAGGGAGGAGGUGCCCCUCCUGGUGGUUUGUGCGUGGGGUGGCUUAGUGGAGAGCUGUUGCUGGGGCAGGGGGCUCUAUUUGCCAUUCAGUUCUGCAAAGGGGAAGGAAAUCAGCUUCAUUUUUCAGCAGAGUGGUUUUCCUGCAGCAUCUUUUGUCCUUUCAUUUCCUUAUGUGUAAAUGUGCGCGCGUGCACACAUACACGGAACAGAAGAGCCCCCACCCACAGACUUCCUGUUGCAGACUGCCUGCAAAAAUCUUCCCUACAUCUUCUUGCCCAGUCAUUUUCUCACUUGUCAGAAGACAGUCACCUGCUACCUGUGCUGACAAAAACGGGAAACAACAUAUCUGGCUCUCCCAUCGACAAGCAUGGGAAGCCAGGAACAGUUGCUGUGGGCAACUGUCCUUGCCCUGUUCUUCCAAGGCAUCAGCAUAAGUGGAAAUACCGCAUCUGAAAAUGAGAUCGUCACCAUAGAGCAGAAAGGAAAAAAGGUCUCCCUGGUAUGUAAAGUGGGCAAUAAUGAGACACGCUGGUUAAAAGACGGGAUGAAUCUAACCUACCAAGGGAAGGAGUUGGUUUUGGCUGUGAUGGACGAUCCCAGAGGCAUCUAUGUGUGUAUCAACAGUAAUGAGGAAAGCAGACCCCUGCAAGUUUUCAUCCGGAUGUGCCAGAACUGCAUCCAUCUAGACUUCACAACGAUUCUGGGGAUUUCAGCAGCCAGCCUCAUUACCACAGUCUUCCUGGCUAUCGCUGUGUACCACAUAGCCGUGGAAGAACGGGGCCGGCCAGCCCAAGCUUCUGAUAAGCAGUGCCUGUUGGCCAACGACCAGCUGUACCAGCCUCUCCAGGAGCGCAACGACAGGCCAUACAGCCACAUUGGCAUUGCCAAGCCUCGCCGCCGAUGAAGCCAAUCUCCAUCCACAUUCAGGUUCCCCUUCCUGUGCUCAAUCCCUGAGGGACGCCCAUUAUGUCAGCUGAGGUGGGGAAUUGUGGGGCCCUCCGCCUGUGCCUGCCUUCUACUCCAGGGCCUCAAGCCUGGGAGAGCCAACAAGGCCUGCUAGAGCUGUCAGAGCUGCUGGAUUCCAUUUUCUGUUUGUUAAACUGAAGAGUGUGGGCUUUGGGGGGGUGGGAGGGGCAGCUGCUUUAAACUUGUUUGAUGAAUGCACUCGGUGCAAUGCUGGGAAUGUGGUGGCCAAUCAGAAUCCUUAAAAGUAUCUCUUCUCAGCAAUACAAGUAGACCGGUUCAUCUUCCAAUCUCCCCUUUGCAGCUGAAACUGGUGUUGCUACCCUGUGCAUCCUGCCUCUUCCCCAAUAAAAGAUGUUGCUUACAA